AUCAACCCUAAGGGGGUGUCCUCAAUUAGGAAUUCAUAAGAUUUUAAAGGAUUAAAAUUUUGAUGGAUUUAUAUGGAAUUGUAUAGAAUACAUAAGAUUCUAAUCAAAUUCCAUGGAAUUUGAAAUCCACCUCCAAUUCUCAGCAUCAACCUUCCACCCGCAUCAGAUUCUUGCCACCACUAAGCCCCAGUCCAGCUUCUCCAUCCUAGAGCUCAGCCACAUACCAUUGUUUGUUUUUAAUUGUUUAGGGAAUUGAAAUUUUAGUUGGAUUUACCCACGCAUGAACAGAAAUUAAUUAAAAGAUAGGAGAAGAUCUAUAAGAGAGGGCUUGAUUUGAGACAGAAACGUCGAAGGUGGAUCCAGGUGGCGGACAGAGAGUUAUGCUUGCCGAAGCUGCUGGCUUUGUUUUGCUUCUGGACGGAUCGAAGAACGGCAGACUAGCCGAGCUCUGCUAGCUUUGUUUUGCUUUUGGAUGGGAAAUCCAUUCAAAUCCGAAGGAUGCACGAGAGAUUUUCAGCGAUAUUCUACCUUUGUAUUUUAGGUGUGAAGAAACAGCCUCCUCGCUGUUGACUGAGGACGACGACGCACACCAAUGGUGCGAACCCCACUGGCAGAGAUGACGGAGAGAGCCCUAAAGUUAUGCAUUCCCAGUCAUGACUACUUCCCUGCCCAGUAUUCGGUGUGUUCAAACUUUAGAAAUGCCGCCAAAUGGGUACAAAGUAACCUCUCCGCAACAGAAUUGGAAAUUUUUCGCGCUUUACCAUGGGACCAUCUUAUUGACAUCCCACCCACACAAUUCUCUAGCCAAGUCUUUCACAUGUGGCCUUACACCUUGUGCAGGAGCAACCUGAUGAGGAGCUCUGGAUUGCCAUUGGGGGUACACUGUAUAAGUUUACUUAUGUGGGUUUUUUCCGCAUAAGUGGAUUACCAGCGGGUGCUGAACCAGUAGCUACUGCAGGUGAUGUUUCAGGACAAGAAACUAGCGAUGAAGCUGAACCAGUAGGGGCCAUUGCUAAGAAGUAUUUAGGUGGCUCAGUCGACAUUACACACGUCAAUUUGAAGAACAUAUUUGAGAAACUCAAACUUUCCAAACGUCGUGAUCAGUUGCAUGCUGUAAAGUUGGCCUCCUUGUUCUAUAUUGAGUGUGUGUUGCUUGCUAAGGACAACACUACGAGGAUAAAUGCAUCCUCUGUCAGAUUGGUGAAUGAUUUAGAGGAAUUCAAGAAGUGUCCGUGGUCACUUCGUUCGUACAAGUUAUUGGUGAGUCAUAUGAAGGGCCUGAUGGAUGGUCAACCUCAGAAGUUCAAGGACCGGAAGGAGAAGAAUCCAAACUAUAGAAAUGCAAAGCUAUCUGUCUACAGUUUUCCACUAGUUUUGCAGGUGUGGGCUUAUGAAGAAAUUAAUGGAGUUGGGAAGAACUUUACAAACAAAGUGGGUAAUCAUGAUGUGCCAUUACUCAAUUGGAAGGCCGAACGGAAAUUUCAUUACUCUAAGCUUAGACGAGUAGUAUUUCCAGAGGAGGAGGAAAAGCUUUCUGAUUCAGAGUGGGGAGAGGAACAAGAGAACCAAGAAGAAGAAAUGACUGAGGAAGACCUGGGCUUGUUCGAAAAGGUUAAAAUAAUGGAGGAGCUGCAGGACCUAAGGAAGUAUGUUGAAAGGGUUGAAAACAAAAUCACUUCAGUUGAAGAAAGUCUUUCAGAAAUAAAGGUACUACUUGUGAAGUUGAUUGGCAAACCGAACCCAUUGGUUGAGGAGAGGUUGAUAAGGAUGCGACUGGGGAUGAACAAGUAGCUCCCGGUGAAAAUGUUUUGAAGACAAGUGUUGUUAACGAUGAUGAUGCGGCUGCGGGUGACGGUGAGAAGAACGUACAAGAAGAGGUCCCGUAAACUGUGCUGGAAAAUGAGAGUUUAAUUAAUCAUGAUGCACGGGCAGAUGCAGGUCCAGCACAAGCAGGGGAACUCAGCAACCCCUUAAAUGGUGAAGAUGGCACACGAGCAGAUGUAAUCAUCUCGACUGUAAUGACUGAGAAUAAGGUAGCAAGCAACUUCCCAGAUCUUAUGAUGUCUGUAAAUGAGGACAACUUACCCCCGUUAACAACCCCGGUCCAUUUGAAAAUUUGGAUUGGGAUGGAGAUGAUGUUGGGAGUGCGCCGAUAGAUGUUGAGGCUGUACAAGUUGUGAGCAGUUAACAAAUGAAAAAAAGAAAACGAUAUCGUUCCAAAUACCAUUGCUCACCAUAUGUUGAGCCCAUUGUCUCCAUUCAACCUCCUAUAUUUUACCCAACUAAUGAUCAUAUUGCAUCUCUCAAAGCUUGGAUAGAAGAAGAUGACACUGUUGAACCUAAGACGGUUGUUCUUAAUCUACCAUCAUUUGAUGAAGUGGACAGGGACUUUUUUCGUGAGCUCGUGGAACCAGAUGAGUCUUUAUGGUCCUAUCAUAUGGAUGCUCUUUCCUACCUGCUUCUGAAAGAUUGUGUGUCGGACAAGCCGUAUAAGCUAAUAAGUCCUUACUUUGCGCAUCAAGUCAUGAAUAAGGAUUCUAAGGAUGAGAAUGUCUGGACUGCUCAUAGGUGUCUACCUAGUGUUGACUGGAGAGGUUUAGAAAAAGUUUUUGCACCUUUGAAUGUUGAUGGGAUGCAUUGGGUUUUAGCGGAAGUUGACCUACAUACAAAAUUGGUACAUGUAUAUGACUACAUGAGAACAAGUAGGUCAAUGUUGCAUGCGGUGCAUUUGUGUGUGAGACUUCCGCUACUCUUCCAAUGCAUACAAGCCACCCAGAUCUUUCUAAGGUAGAGCAUUGGAAUGCUGAGGUAGCUGUAGAUGUUCCACAACAGGAGGGAGGAACUGUUUGCGGACUGAUGGUCAUUUGUUAUGCUGAGGCUUUGUUGUUGGGACUUCCCUUGACGCCACGUUGCGAGUAUGCGAACGUGGCUAGAAAGAGAUGGCACUUUGCGCCACGCCUUUGGAGUUUGAGGAAGCUAGUUUCUUAGAAAACAUGCAAUGUCCAUUUUUUGCUAAUGUAUCAAACUUUAUGUAGCUGUAAUUAGCUGGUUUAGUUUUUGGUAACCGUUUUGGAAUGGAAUGUAUGAUAAUGUACACUGUUGUGCUAUGAUCAACGUUGUACAAUGUCCUACAAGGUACUUCCCCAGGAGGAUAUAUAUGAAGGUUGUAGAAAACAUUACUAUGCUGGUUUGUGUAACGAAGUAACAAUUUGGUA